AAUUACAAUGGGGAAGAGAAAGAUGUAAUUGUGUGAGGAAUCACUACCGCAUCUCUAUCUUAUUUGUUGUCACUUGCUACGACAGCCGUCGUCUCCGCGCCUCUCCGAACCACCAGGAGGUCUCGCUGCGAAGCUUCUAUGUCUUGCGAACGAUUUCGAAGAUGAGCCUCGGCCAUGAAGUCGUCGUCUUGCCUCGCACGGCUCGCCUUGUCGUGGCAUUUCUCCUUGCUUCGGUGCUGACAUACGCUUGCUUAUGGCUCCCGGAGGUGUCAAUUCCGUCCAUGUUUCGGCUGACGACCCAGAAAGACGAGCUUCAACGACAGUUGGAGGGAGCUUCCAUGGCGAACAGGACAUUGAUAAUAGGAGUGAUUAGUAAUGCCUCUGCGGAAGACGACAGUAUCCUCCAACUUUUCCUCCAAAGCAUGCGGGAAGGGGAGGAGACUCGGUUCUUGAUCAAACACAUUCUUUUCGCUGCAGCCGAUCCGACAGCAUACAACAACUGCAUGGUUCUUCAGCUUCAUUGCUACCAGCUAUCUACUGGACAUGUUUUCACUUCGCCAGAUGCAAGCCCUCAAAAUGCAAGCUACACCGGCCUCACUCGGACACAAACUCUCUUCCUCGGAGAAGUUCUCGGCCGUGGGUUCAGCUUCAUCUUCACAGAAAUGGAUGUAAUGUGGCUAAGGAACCCAUUCGCAAGGUUGAGCCACGGUGGAGAAGACAUGCUGUUAAGUCACGGUGUAUACGAUGGGCAUCGAUUCGAAGAAUUCAACUCCACCAACAGUGGCUUAUACUUUGUUUCUUCAAAUGAAAAGACUACUGCAUUGUUCAAGCAAUCAUAUGCUGUGAUGCAUCACUCAAAGAGCAUUAGAGAAGACGAUGCGCUAUAUGUUUUGAGGUCCGAAGAAGUCCUUCAGCAGUUGGACAUGAAAGUGGGAUACUUGGAUCCGACAUCCUUCGGCAGUUUCUGCCAGGAUAACCUGGACAUCACAAAGGUCAUUACGGUGCAUGCAAACUGCUGUCCCAGCAUUAAAGCAAAGAUUGAGGAUCUCACAGCCAUGCUUGAUGCCCGGAAUGCAUGCAAUGGCACAUCUAAUGCCACAAUUCCUGCUCACGGUUCUUGUUCCCAAUCAUGGAAGACAUAUCAGCUUGAAACAGCUUUGCAAGGUGCUUCCAUGGGGAACAAGACCGUGAUCAUCAGUUACCUAAACAAGGCAUAUGUCGAUGAGAACGGCAUGCUGGAUCUCUUCCUGAGAAGCCUGACAGAAGGGGAGAGUACCGCAUUCUUGAUCAAACACCUCUUCCUCAUCACAGUGGAUCAAAUUUCUUUCGAACGUUGUAGAAAGCUGAAUCUUCAUUGUUAUAGGCCUGUUGCAGAGGGUCUUAAUUUCUCCAAGGAGCAGCUCUUCAUGUCUGCUGGCUACAUUGAUUUGGUGUGGCAGAAAAUUCUCAUUCUUGGACAAAUCCUUGAGCACGGAUACAACUUCAUCUUCACGGACAUGGACGUCAUAUGGCUAAGGAAUCCCUUUGCCAAGUUGAAUCUAAAUGGCGAGGAUUUCCAGAUAAGUUGCGACAGAUACACUGGCAGUCCAUUCGACGAUUCUAAUUCCAUCAACACAGGAUUUUUCUUUGUGAGGUCCAACAACAAAACCAUCAAGCUGUUCGACAUGUGGUCUGCGUCAAGAGAAUCCUUUGGGCAAAAGCAUGAUCAAGAUGUUCUUGCUGCUUUGAAAUCUGCGGGUGUCUUCAAGCAAUUAGGCAUCAGUGUUCGAUAUUUAGACACUCUUUCCUUCAGUACAUUCUGUCAAGACAGCGAGAGCUUCAAAGAAGUGACUACGGUGCACGGCAACUGCUGUCGAAGUAUAAAAGCGAAGAUAGAUGACCUGACUGCAGCUCUACAAACCUGGAAGAGAUUUGAUGGCACUACAGCACUCACAUGGCCGAAGCACAUAGCAUGCAUACAGUCCUGGAGAGAUUAACCGUCAAAUGUAGCUUCCGAAAUCUAUAUCUUGUUUCUUCAUCUCUUUCAUUCCAUGAGUUCUUUAGUAUGUUGAAGUUGCAGAUUCACAAGAAGGAUGCUAACAUAAAUUGGAUCCUCCAUUGAUAAUA